CGCCAGUAUAAUUCACCAACUGACCAAUACAAUACAAAACACUUUAUAUAAAUAUAGGAGAAUAGUGGACAUCAUUACUCUACGAUUACAAGUCUGCUGAGAAAGAGAAGGUCUAUAGAUAUCGACACAGAUAUGGAUACGUUCCUGUUUGUUACCGUGCUGUGUGUCACGUUGUUGUCAGUGUCAGUAAGUGGCCAGAGACGAGCGCGGCUGACCGGAGUACUGGACAAUGAUGUACAAUCAAUUCUGUCUCUAGCUCAGACAGUGGGCAUUGGAGGUAUGCGGGGCUUAGGAACUGGAUUGGGAGGCAUCGGAGGAUUAGGAUCUGGUCUAGGAGGCAUCGGAGGAUUAGGAUCUGGUCUAGGAGGCAUCGGAGGAUUAGGAUCUGGUCUAGGAGGCAUCGGAGGAUUAGGAUCUGGUCUAGGAGGCCUCGGAGGUAUAGGAGACCCGGGAAGCGUUCUAGGUCUAGGAGGCUUUGGGGGUAUAGGGGGCAUGGGAAGCUUGGGAGGAUUCGGAGGUGUUCAUAUUGGAGGUUUAGGGGGUCUAGGAAGCACAGACAUGAGAGGACUCAGACGAGAACGAAGACGGCGAAGAAGAUUAAGGAGAAGAAUUUGCCAACAAAAUUGUGUGUAUAGAUACAGAUCUUGUGUUAGUACUGCGUCCUUUCUGUGUCUGAGGACAGCUCGUCAGUGUCUGUUCCUUUGUUAGAAUAAACACUAACUAUUGUUGUGAUGACGGGAUGCGUUUGAUUGUAGACUUAUAUUAGACGUUCCGUCUCUAAAUCCAGAAUUAAGGUGAUAUCAUAUAACAAAAGGAACACAGAGCGAAGCAUCAAUGAGACUUUAUAUAUAGAUAAACAUUUUACCAGUUAUGUUCAAAUGUUGUGUGUUGAUAUUUUUUAUUUGUUUGUGAUUUUUUUUGUUUUAGAUAUUUUAUAUAAAAUCUGAACUAUCCAAAAAUUGUUGUUGUUCAUUCCCACCGUAAUACGUCUCUACAAGGUUAACGAAUCGUACAUUAUUUUAUGUAGUAUAACUUUACAAAGAAUUUUGCACAGCAAAACUGAUACAUUCUACUUAAAAGUUAAUGUGUCAAAACUGUAAGAAGCUUAGUAUUAAUUCUUUACUCAAGCAAUGCCAGCGUUAAUAUGCUCUAGUUCACAUAGUACCGCAUAUUAGGUGAACUCAGGGUAAUAUUUGUAAGUGAUCUUUUCUCAAUAACAUCAAGAAAAUAGGACUGCUAUUCAGGCGUAUAAAAUCUGAAAGAACAUGUCAAUGUAUAUGUAUGUUCUAAGGUUUACAACAAUCGACCCGAUCUAAAAGCUUACCUCUAGAAAUGCAUUAUUUUAUAUCUCAUUCUUUUGAUUUUAAACCAAGAAAGGUAUUGCACAAACUUUUGAUUAAGUUGCCUAUUUUGAGAGAGCUUGACUCUAUUACUUUGUAUAGAUAUGAUGAAUUACGAUUUUUAUCAUCAUAGAAAUAUAGAUGACAAUGGCACGGUAAUGAUUUCGUCAAGCUAUUCCAUGUUAUCGUAGGUUUUAUUGCUGUUUUAGCUAGUCUACUACACAUUUUGCUGAAUACAGUUAUGAUGCUUUUGUUAUGUUUUAACUAAUAAAGCAAAUAAUUUAAAUGGCGCUAAUUUGAUCAAAACACGCAAAUCGGUGUUUUUAAAUCCCAAACAGACUUUCACAGCACGGGGAAUUUAUACACAAUGCAUCAGGUGAAGUGAUUUGCGAAGUACAUAUGUACUUUUUGUACGUCAUCAAAGAUAAAUACAGGUACAUGUUUUGCUAUGCCUUAGGUGAUGACUUUGUAAUCGAUACUAAGUCUGACGGAACAAGAGGCAGCUCUAUAAACAGUUGACGAACAUGUGUAAUUAACGAUAGAUCACCACGAGUUAUUGAUUACAUUGGAAAGAUAGAAAAAAAGUAGUAUUUAAGCAAAUUUUAUUGCUUUAUUCGAUAAUCUACCCAGGUAAACACUCAGAAAAAGAGAUCAAACUAUGAAGCCCCGUGUAUGCCUGCUGAUCGCCUUGGUGUGUAUUUCCAUUUUAUCGACGAAGACAUAUGGACAGUACAUUCAUGAGCAUGGCCUUUCGGGGUUGUCACUUUUAGGGAGAGGAAGAGACCUGCUUGGCACUGAGAUGUUUGACCCAGAUUUGGGGAUACAUGGAGACUUCGAUGGCUUGAGAUGGGGUGGAAGAGGAUGUCGUCGAAGGUGCUUACGGACAAACAGAUUUUGUAGACGCCGAAGACUAUUAAGCUUUAGAUGUCGAUCCCGAGUAAGACGCUGCAUACGGAGGUGCCGCAGGUUCUAGACCUACUCUGUUGGAUAUCAUUAUGACAAGAUCGGAUAUGUCAGCUUUUCCAAUAAUAAAGUAUCCUUGCAGUUUUACAUGUUGGGUGCAUCCAAGCCAGA